AUGCAGACCGUGCCCGAGGGUAUCAUGCAGUCGUCCAUCAAGGUUGCCAACGAGCCGCCGACGGACAUCAAGUCGAACCUCCGCUCGGCGUUGUCGCUCUUUUCGCAAGAGACAUUUGAGAAGUCGACCAAGCCGGUCUUCCACCGCCCGAUGCUGCUCGGCCUGUGCUUCUUCCACGCACUCUGUCUUGGCCGUCGCAAGUUCGGGUUCAUGGGCUUUUCGCGCCAGUAUCCGUACAACAACGGUGACCUUACUGUGUGCGCCGCCGUGCUGCAAAACUACCUCGAGGCCAACGAGCAGACGCCGUGGCAGGAUGUGCGCUACAUCGCGGGCGAGAUUAUGUACGGUGGACACAUCACCGACCCGUGGGACCGGCGAGUCACCAACACGUACCUCGAGGUGCUCCUCAACCCCGACCUCACCGACGAAAAGUCGCGCUUCCAGCUGGCGCCCGGCUUUGCGCCGCUGCUCGAGGGAAGCUUCGAGGACUACCGGCAGUACAUUGAGGUGGCCUCGCCGCCCGAGUCGCCCAUCCUCUUUGGCAUGCACCCGAACGCCGAGAUCUCUCUCCUAAUCUCUCUCUGCAACAACCUCUUUUUCACCAUCCUCUCCGUCUCGGGCGGCGGCGGCGGCGGCGGCGGCGGCGGGGGCAAGGAGGAGAAGGUCAAGUCGGUGCUGGAAGGCAUUGAGGAGCUGCUGCGGGAAGAGUUCAACAUGGUUGAGAUCAAGUUGCGUAUCAAGAACAAGGGCGAUCCGUACCUCGUCUUCCUUCUGCAGGAGCUCGAGCGCAUGAACCUCGUCCUCAACACAAUGAAGUCGCAGCUGACGGAGCUCUCGCUCGGCCUCUCGGGCGCGCUCAACAUCUCCGACGCGAUGGAUGCGCUCAUAAAUUCGCUGUACCUGAACCAGGUCCCGCCCGCGUGGCUCAAGAUCUGCGGCCAGAUUGGACCGACCGGUACAUACAACCGGAAGACCCUCAGCGCCUGGUACGACGACCUGCAGCUUCGAUGGAAGCAGCUGGAGGACUGGUCGGCGCCGACCAAGCCGCUGGAGGAGUGUCCACCUUCGGUUUGGAUCUCGGGGACGUUCAACCCGAUGGGCUACGUCACGGCGUGCAUGCAAGUCACGGCGCGCAAGGAGGGGUACUCUCUCGAUGAGAUGCGCGUGCAGGCCGAGGUGACGGACGUGCUCGACAUCAGCACAGUAGAGGUACAGCCCGAGCGCGGUACCAACAUCCAUGGCCUCUUCAUGGAGGGCGCCAGGUGGGACAUCGCGAGCAACUGCAUCGCGGAGUCAUUCCCCAAGGAGCUCCACCCAGUGAUGCCGAUGAUUCACGUCAUCGCCGUCACCGUCGAUCAGCUCAAGACGGAGGGAGUCUACCAGUGCCCAAUUUUCAUGACCACGAUCCAUGGGCCAACCUUCGUCUUUGCCGCACCGCUGCGCACCACCGUCCCCGCACACAAGUGGAUCCUGGCGGGCGUAGCCAUGGUGAUGCAACCAGACUAG